AUGAAGAUCAACAAUGCUGAAAAUAGUGCUGCUAUUGGACGAAAAGGAGGAAGAGGAGGAGGAGCUGCUGCUCGUGGCGGAUCUAGACUCAAUGGAUUGCGGGGAAACUCUCCGCCACCCUUUCUGUUGAAGACAUUUGAGAUGGUGAAUGAUCCUGACACUGAUCAUUUGGUACAUUGGAAUACUAGCAAAACCACUUUUCUUAUAACUGAUCCUAACAAGUUUGCUGGAGAAGUACUGCCAAAGUACUUCAAACACAAGAAUUUAUCUAGCUUCAUUUACCAACUCAACAACUAUCGCUUUAGGAAGGUCUGUUCUUACAAAUGUGAGUACGAAAAUCCAUGGUUUCGAGCUAGAAAGAAGCACUGGCUGAACAAUAUCAAAAGCAGGAUUCAACUAUCCAAAGAGAACAAGCCACAAGAAGGUUCACAUAGUCCUCGUGUUGAUCCAAUGAAGGAUAAUCUGGAAGAGGAGCUGGAAAAGUUGAGGAAUGAUCACGUUAGUCUGAGAGUAGAACUUCAGGAGUUGAAAGAAAGACAAGAAAACAUGAGAUCUUUCUUUCCUACUUUGCAAGGAUGCAGAAAGGAAACAGAAAUUAGGAAUAUUUUGAAGUUGCUUCUUGAGAAAUCGGAAGUCAGAGGAGAUUCUAGCAGCAAUGAUACCAGCAAGAGGCCACGAGUAGUGGAGUCGCCAUAUCCUGUUGCUGGUUCUGUCCAGGAUGGGAUUGGACAUGCAUUAAAUUCUGCUGGUGGCUCUGUGAGUUCUAACGAACAACAGAAAGAAGAAGCAACUACUAAGAAUGAGAAGAAUCGCAAGUUCUGGGAAAAACUGUUUGAAGAUGAUUCAGAGUCUAAAAAUGAAGGAGCAGAGUUUGAGCAGGAACUGAAUCGUGCGAAGGCUAUGGCAGAGAUCGAGGAGAUGGUGGAGAACAAGAUUGCUAUGGAAGGAGAUGCUUUGAUAGCAAAGACUGCUGCUAGUUUAGAUGAGGAGACGGAGGCUUAUCUUCAACUAUGGACUUAGUAUAUUCUCUUUGCUUAAUUCCACUACAUGUUUAGAUUGUGACCUUCUUAUCAAAUCAAAAUUGUUAGUUUGUCUGCAGGGUGGAGAAGAAAAGUGGAGAUGAACUACAGCUGAUGAAGGUCCUCUAUCCAUAUAGAUUGUUCUUAUAUUUGUUCCAGGAACUAUUUAAUGUCUUUUCUGUUUACAUAAUUUCACCUAGAAACUAUACUGGAAUUUGGAAGUUAUGGUAACUUUGUAAUGAUUCAUAAUUG